AAAUAUUCAUUAAAUAAAUAUUAAUUUCAGCAUCAUGGAGAUCGACGAAGAAGGGGAUGCAAUAAUAGUUAAUGCAGCUUCUCAAAUUGAGAAGCUGCACGUACAAGUCGCACCUGCAGCUUCUCAAUUUGAGAAGCUGCAACAAAUAGAUACGCCAAUGGUGAGGGCCUUGUCACCGCCGCAGCCAACAUCGGCGACACCACCGGCGGCAAGCCCACCACCAGCGACGAUCCCACUACCGCCGCUACCACCGCCGCCGCCGACGACGUCGGUCCCGCUGCCGACGGCCACACCAACAGCAUGGUCAUACCCAUGGGGGAUGGUAACUCCACCACCACCACCAUUAUCACAGCAGUCACAGCAGUCGACAAGACCUUCUCGAUGGCAACAAGCAGGAAGGGGCCGCAGGAGAGAAAGGGGCCGCGGAGAACAAUACAUACGAGGAAGAGGCCGCGGAGGACAAAAUAUUUAUAUUACUUAUAAAUAAAAAGGUAAGCAAUAUGGAUAUGAAUAUAAAAAUAUUGUUCUGUGACAAUAGCUACAAAACCAUCGAGGAAUUUCUUAAUCCGCAGCUACUGUCAUAUUACACUAUAAUUUUUAACAUGUAGAAAGUAACAUUUUUUAUUAUUGUUCCAGAUAUGUACAAGACUGAUGUCCCGAGUGCCCAGAGUUAAAAAUAACAAAUAUUUUAUUGUUUCAUAAAAAAAUACAAUAAAUACAGAGACAAUAAAUAUAAAAUAUUGCUUAUUUAUAAUUUAACCUUCCUAAUCCCUAUAAUUCCUUAUAAAAUGUAAAAUAAAUUAUAAUUAAAAUUUGUAAAACUUAUUAACUUAUAUAACUUAUACAAUUUAUAUAUAAUUUAGUUUAACCCUAAAAAACAAUUAUAUCCGAUAAAUCCCAUCAUUAAUUCCUUUCUAUCGAGAUACCCUGAUACACACUUCACGCUCAAAAAAUCUAUAUUAACCCACUGGGUAUUUAAAUAAUGAUAUUGAACUCGUCUAAUUUGCUCGCAAGCUAUUUUUUCCGCGCGGCCUUUUCUGCUUUCCGUUGCAUUCGCUCGAACUCCUUUAGCCUGCACCCGUAACUCCUUCAAUUUGCUCUUAAGAUGAGUCUUAGCUUCGCCGUAAACUCCCAAGGCCUUCAGCUCCUCCAAUUCCAAGCGUAACAAAUUAUUCCCAUUAAUAUUCUAUCAAUUUCUGUUAGUCCCAUUGGCACACCUAUUUAAAAAUUAGAAAGUUAUUAGAAACCAUUAGAAACAAAAAUAAAGUAAGAGAUAAAUAUUAAAAAGAAAUAACACAUUAAAUUAAAACCAAAGUCGCUUGGGUGAGCGGGUAAUCAAACUGUGCUUGAAUAUAUUGAUAAUGCAUGCAGAACGGAUCAAUAUAUUUUUAUACUAAAGAAAAUCAUGCGAUUAAAGCAAAAAUUUAAGAGAAUAAGGCACAAAAUUGUACUUAAAUAAAAAAUUUUGAAUGUGAUCUUUGUAGAUAUGAAAAUUAUUUCGGGAACAAAAUUUAAAUAUUUUCUUUUUAGUUUUUGAUUUGAUUAAAAGCCUUAUGUAUAUUUCUGUGCCUCCGUAUAUCCAGCUCACAUAAAAUGCAUAUAUAGCAGUUACUUUGGCAUCUAUAUAAACAUCUCCCCUUUUAUCAUGUCAUCAACAGGUCAGUUGGGUGAUACUAUAUAACCCAUAUAGCUGUUAUAGUUUUGGACAAGAUUUCACGUACUUUACCUACAAAAUCUAAAAAAGACGAUAUCUCUAAAAGCCAUAUAGUUGCAAUACGAUAUUUUUUUAAAAAAUAUAACACUGCAACUCUUACCUGGCUUGUUAUAAGAUAAUAGCAAAUAUUUGAAGAAUUAGAAAGUACACCUUUAAAUAAUCCUUUUGAUAUGAAUUGCUCUGCCAAUUCUCUAUAUGAUAAUUCAUUGUUGAAUUUAAAAGAUAAUAAAUCUUGAUGAAUCAUGUUUCUUCCUCUCUUUCUUUUAAUAUAACUGAAAUUUUAAACAUUACACAAAGUAUUACUCUUAUCUCAGAAUACUUAUUCUAUACAAAAAAUAAAACUUUUAUGUAACUUAUUUGAUCUUCAAACUAGGCACAGCUGUAUUUCCCUCCACAAUGUAACCACAAUGUGUAAUCCACAACAAUGUGCAAUUUUUAUCGCUGUAAAACCCACCAUGGAUUAAAAGCCAUCACACACGAAAUGAUCACUCUCGCUGUAUCUUUUCUUUAUUUCUCUCUCUCUCUCUCUCUCUCUCUCUCUCUCUCUCUCUCUCUCUCUCUCUCUCUCUCUACCUCCUUCCCUCUCUCAAAGUUCUUGUAUUCGAUGAUCUCAUCUCACGAGUACCUCAAACAAUUAUCAAUAUAAAGAAUAAUUCGCGAAACUAUCUGUACUGAGAGAAUGUCUUUUAAAAAACCAAGAUUUUAAGAGAGGUCAUCAAAGUUUUAAGAGGCAUGAUACUGAUUCGCUGUAAGUAAGUGUAUGUGUAACGUAAGAUAGUUGGAGACCAGAGAGAAACCUCUCCUCAGAGUCCUUCAACUGUCUCAUGUUGCACAUACACUUUGUUGUGAGCGAAACACUCACAACCAAUAAAUUUAUAUCAUAAAAUAAAGGAAAUAAAAU